UCUAUCGGUUUUAUGCAUUCAGCCAUUGAGAGAACACUUAAACAUUUCAAUAUACAUGUAGAUCUAGUGGAAAUCUAAACAGUGUACGUUUUAUUGAUCGGAGAUAUGCAUAUUGUUUGGUAGUGUUUCUCUGCAAUGUGGACAUGUGACACAAAAUGGACGAAGACACGAUCCGGUGGAUACUGUCAGACACAUCAGUAGAUCCACUGUCAAACGUCCCCGUAUCAGCUGUCGUAUUUAUGCUUUACUACGGUCUGGAGCUUAAACAUUUUCUGUUGAAUAUAUCAGAAGAUAUUGUAGAAAAUUAUAAUCCAGAACUUCGAGAUUACAAAAGCACAUCUUUAUAUCUUGCUGGGAGUGCAGCACAAGGUUUUUAUCUUAAUACGAACGACUUCUUCGAUGCAAGAGAUGUUGAUAUAGUUUCUAUACUGAAAAAGGAUGUUCGAAAUCAGUGCGAGUUUGACAAAAAGCAGAUCAAUGAAGUGAAAACCGAAGAACGAAAUGAAGAGGAGAAUGCUAGGCAAUGCAAGGGCACCUUAAAGGAAAAUACUACCAUUGAAUCACCACCAUUUUAUCUUAAUGUAGAGACAUGGGAAGAUACUUAUCCUGGCUAUGUGAUGUUGAGAAAGUGUAGGAAAGAUGAACUGCCGGUACAGAUGUCUUUGUCACAUCGUUAUGUAAGCAGUGCGGAAACAGCACGAUCAAGAACUGAAUACUGGGACGAAAUGCAAACAGUUCUAGCGGAUAUUUUCCGAUCAGGUAUUGAUGAAGAAUGGGGUUCAGAAACCCUUGUUUUUGAGGACGUCGAAUCACAGGGUCCAGCCGCAAGUUCGACAUUUACAAACAUAUUUCUAGACGUUCAGCUGAAUGCUGAUUUAGUGUUUGCUCUACCGUAUCCGGGGUGGCCUGAAAUUGCAAGAGAAUGGCAAAACCGGCAGGCGAAAAGUGGAUGGCCAAGCUUAGAGCUGAAGCAAAAUAUUCUAGCAUCUGGAUGCCUUAUUGUACCGAAGGGACAAAAAGGUAGCAGAGUAGAAGAAUAUGAAUGGAGAAUAUCAUUUUCUCUUGCUGAACUCAAAUUAGCAAGAUCACUCAGUCGUGUGCAAAGGGAAAUAGUACAUAUUCUCAAAGCUUUUAUAUCUGACAGACAUGAGACGGGAUUUACAGGUAUUGAAGCAAAACUCGACUCGUACUUUAUUAUUAACUUGCUUUUCACUGAGAGUGAAAAUACGAACGCAAAUGAGUGGACAGAAAAUAAUAUCGCGAAUCUACUAUUUCGUGUACUUGACAGACUGGAAGAUAGUAUCAGGAGUAAAAAUCUUCCUCAUUAUUUUAUUCCAAAUAAUAAUCUCCUUCAUAAACUAACUUUUCAAUCUGUCAAGCUUGGUAAAGGGGAGUUUACGAUGGGAUACUUCGAUGAAAUGAUGGACGUGGACGAAUAUAUUGACUUCGCACUGUACACAGUCAUGAGAGUACGGUAUGAUCCUUUGAACCAAGUGCUUCUACAAAAUAAAUAUGUACAACUUUCUGGGGCUAUUCGCAAAGCAGUGUUUGAGCCGUUGAUUAUGCAAGCCAAAUCUUCGUCUAAGGUUGAAGGAAAGAUGUAUCUUACGACAGUUUUGAGACUAGCGAAGGCUCAUUUCUUCCAGUUAAGGUUCAGAGAAGCUUAUCUGUAUAUUGAAGACACGCUAAAAUUCUACAUGGCUCUCGGACAACCAAAAUUAACGGACAACGAAAGGCGAGAAUUAGAGAUAUUGAGAGCAGUGUGUGCAUAUCUCGUGGGUGAUUAUGAUACUGCAAAGAAUUUGUUUGAAGAAAUAGAAAAGACGCUUCAGACUACAAAAGACACCUACUUAGAAGAAAACAAAUACAUCUAUUCCGCAUUUUUCGCACGCACGCUAUUAUCAUUAUCUCAAAACACUGCUGGUAAAGAAAAUAAAAUAUUGCUGUCGAAAACAGAAAUGUUGUUACUCGGAAUUGCUGAUGUAAACAGUAGCGAUGUUCCAACGAAUAUUUAUUUAGAACUGGUGAAUUACCUCAUGAAUCUUGGUCGGUAUGAAGAAGCAGAUACAAUAUUGAAUAACAUAAGAGAUUCUCUAGGAGUUGAGGGCACGACAGAAAUCUUUGAAGAGAGCAUUGAUGACAAACAAGAACCUGGUUACACACCGACACAGACUAACUGUAACUCGGAAGAAGAACUUGAACAUGACAUGCUCGAGGAUUCGACACAAACAGGUACUUCAGGUUUGGAUGCAGAUGAAGUUAUUUGCAAAUCAAACGACGAAGCCAUUGCAAUGGAUACAUGCAGUAAAAAUACUGAAGAAAUCAUUUAUAAAAGAGAACCAUGUACAGAAAGUAAGGUGAAUACAGAUUUAGACGCAGAAAAUGCGUGCUCAUUGGAGCAAAAAGAUGAACAUUUACAAGAAAGUAUGCAAACGGAGUCUGAAGAAGACACUGUUCGACUACUGAUCGAUAGGCAUGUCAAUCAAGAUUUGUUAAAUCAGUAUGCACUUUUUCAGGCCUUUAAGAAAUUAGGGUUACAAGACAAUGCUGAAAAGGUUUUUCAAAAGCUAAAUAAGAAGCUGCUUCAAAGACAAAAUGAAAAUCCAGAUGUUACAAUGGAAGCCUUAGAUCACGAUUACAUGCUUUAUAUGUCAUAUAGAAAUGAAGAAACUUUACAAGAUGAUUGGGAAACUCCACUCUGCAUAUUUAAAGAGCGGGUAGUAUUCUGUACAGCAGAUGAAUAUAUUCUGGAUGAUAUCUUAAAAUCUGUUGUAAAAGACUUUGGAGUCAUUAGAAUUACUGGUCAAGAUCUUUACUUUCAUUAUCGUAUUCAGCUUCUCAAACAUAAUGGCAAACUAUCAGAGGCAAUGCAUCUGAUAGAACAUAUUCAAGACCAAGACCUUGCAGUUAAUCACUAUAACAGUUUAGGAGAAAGAGAAAAGGCUGAGGAUGCCGCUUUUUAUGCUAGAUUGGACCGAGAUGGCGGAGGAAGGUCUGUUGCCAAAACUUUAAAGCAGUGGAUUGAAAAGUUGUUCGAAGCAGCUAGAAAAUAUGAACUAAGAAAUGUGUAUCUCGACUCGGUGUUUACCUGAGUAAUAGAGUAUAUUUUCACCGAAUAAAUGACAAUGUACUUUUAAUCUUAAAUAAGCUGUUUUCCAAGGAAUGAUUAAGUGGGUUGCAUUCUGUCCCAGGAUUGUCUCUCGUUUCAUCCACAGUCUGGAUGAUUUUUCAGAUUUCUUUUAAAUUCUAUCUAGUUUCUGUUCUAUCUACUUCCGGACGAAAAAUUCGUGCAUCAAUGUUAACGUUAAGUAAUAAGUAAAUGGAAAUAAAUGUGUU